AUAGAUUUAUAUUUCAGAAUUAGAUAUAGAUUUAGGAGUAAAGAUUUAGAAGUAAAAAAAUGUGCGCUGCAGAUUGGAGCGAACUGUAUGGAAAUCAGUACGAGGAUGAAAAAUACUAUAAUGAUAAUGAAGAUGAUAUUCUGCCGACUAUACCUCCGCUACCCACAGCUCUUGCAGCUUACAAGGAUUCAACAACACAGCAGAUUAACAGAAGGUGGAGUUAUGACGGAGGGGAUACAGAUCCCAGACCAGAGACAACCCGGAGCAACAAACCUUCAUUCUUUCCGAACCUACAUCCAGACUCAGAUUAUACCUAUGUUGCUCCGGGCCUGGAGGAGAGUGGAAACCUUGGAACACGGUUCCCAUCCUCUAGACCUGACACUAUGUUCAGCAGUAGGAGAAUAUCAACAAGUUCAUCCAACCUGGACACAUCCUCUUUCAACCCUGGUCGAUGGAACGGAUACUCAUUUACAUCCGUCAAUAUGAAACCAAGGGACAAUUUGGCUCUAGAAGGAGAUAUAGAUUAUACAACAUAUAGAUAUCAACCCAGUUCAUUUAGUGCUGAAUCAUCUAGAACUGCAACUAGGAAACCAAGGGACAAUUUGGCUCUAGAAGGAGAUAUAGAUUAUACAACAUAUAGAUAUCAACCCAGUUCAUUUAGUGCUGAAUCAUCUAGAACUGCAACUAGGAAACCAAGGGAUAAUUUGGAGUUGAAAGGGGAGAUGGAUUUUUAUAAACAAAAUUACCAACAUUCAAGAUCAGCUCUAUUACAGAGACCGACCAGUCAAAGACCAAGAGACAAUUUGUCGUUGAACGGAUCAAUGCAGUUUAGAACAGAUAAGCAUGAGUAUUCUGGAGAAUCCGUCCCAAGGGUUAAAGUUGAUCCUAGAGGCAGGGAUACACUCAAAUCAGCUAUAUCAGAUGACAGGUUUCUGGGUAAAUCGACAACUAGAAGCGAUUUUCAGAAGUAUAGUAUUCGGGGACCAGAAGAUCUGCGUGCUAUGCCUAAAUGGUAUGUUGCUCCAGCUAAAGUAACCGCAAACUAAACAGUAUGUUGCUCCAGCUAAAGUAACAGCAAACUAAACAGUAUGUUGCUCCAGCUAAAGUGAGCGCAAACUAAACAGUAUGUUGCUCCAAUUAUAGUGAACAGAACACAAACUAAACCGUAUGUUGCUCAGGCUAAAUUGGGCGCAAACUAAACAGUAUGUUGCUCCAGCUAAAGUAAGCACAAACUAAACAGUAUGUUGCUCCAGCUAAGGUAAGCGCAAACUGAACAGUAUGUUGCUUCAACUAUAGUGAACAGAACACAAACUAAACAGUAUGUUGCUCCAGCUAAAGUAACAGCAAACUAAACAGUUUGUUGCUCCAGCUAAAUUGAGCGAAAACUAAACAGCAUGUUGCUCCAACUAAAGUGAGAGCUAACUAAACAGUAUGUUGCUCCAGCUAAAGUGAGAGAAAACUAAACAGUAUGUUGCUCCAGCUAAAGUGAGCUCAAACUAAACAGUAUGUUGCUCCAGCUAAAGUGAGCGCAAACUAACAGUAUGUUGCUCCAGCUAAAGUGAGCGCAAACUAACAGUAUGUUGCUCCAGUUAAAGUGAGCGCAAACUGAAUUGUGUUAGACCCUAAUUGUUAAUUUGAUUUAUGAUAAUCUAAAACGCUUUUAUUAUUAUAUCAUUCCUUCUUAUAUAAUCAUUAAUUAGCACAAAUUGUUUCUACAGGGGGAUUCUAUUAAUCUAACGUUUAAAGAAUUUAAUUGUAAUUUUAAGACAUUUUAGUGUAUAUACAUUUAACAUAUUUAUAUAUUUUUAGAUAAUUUAAAUUGUUAAGUUCUUAUAAUCAGCCAUCUUGAAGUUUUAAGUCCAUGUGAUUAGUUAUUAUUAAUUGUAUAAAAUCCUUGUGAACAGUUGAUAUUAAUUGUAUUAAGUCCUUGCGAUUAGACAAUAUGAAUUGUAUUAAGUCCUUGUGAUUAGACAAUAUGAAUUGUAUUAAAUCCUUGUGAUUAGACAAUAUGAAUUGUAUUAAGCCCUUGUGAUUAGACAAUAUGAAUUGUAUUAUC